CAUUGAAAACCCCCUUCACCAACUCCAUCAAUCCGAACUCCGAACCUUCUCUAUCUCUAAAUUCUCAAGUCUAAUCUCAAUCCCACCAAACUUUCCAGGAGAGAAAAAGUUUAGUGAGAGAAAGAGAAACAGAGGGAAUGGCUGAGGAAGAUCUGGAGAGCAGAGGAAGAUCAGGAGCGAAGAACAGAGGAAACGACAACAGCCACUCGUCGACGUCGUCGUAUCGGACAGAGGAUUUGGAUACCCAAUGGACUUCUUGGUUGGUGCCGAUGUUCGUGGUGGCGAAUAUCGCCAUGUUUAUUGUGGUCAUGUUCGUUAAUGACUGUCCGAAAAACAAUUCUGGGGUACAGGGCAAGUGCGUGGCAAGGUUUCUCGGCAAGUUCUCCUUCGAGCCUUUGAAGGAGAAUCCUCUAUUUGGCGCUUCUUCUUCGACGUUGGAGAAGUUGGGAGCUCUUGAGUGGACCAAAGUUGUUCAUAAGCAUCAAGAAUGGAGGCUUUUCACUUGCAUUUGGUUGCACGCCGGCGUCAUUCAUCUCUUCGUAAACAUGCUCAGCCUCAUCUUUGUCGGAAUUCGGUUAGAGCAGCAAUUUGGAUUUGUGCGGGUUGGUAUUAUAUACCUAUUUUCAGGCUUGGGGGGCAGCGUGCUUUCCACACUAUUUAUUCAAAAUAACAUUUCUGUUGGUGCCUCUGGCGCUCUCUUUGGGCUACUUGGAGCUAUGUUGUCGGAACUCUUCACAAACUGGACUAUCUAUUCCAACAAGGCUGCAGCUCUGCUUACUCUUCUUGUCAUAAUCGUCAUAAACCUUGGGAUCGGAAUUUUGCCACUUGUCGAUAACUUCGCACACAUUGGCGGGUUUCUAACGGGAUUCCUGCUUGGCUUUGUGCUGCUGCCGCGUCCACAGUUCGGAUGGGUGGACCAACACAUUAACCUUCCUGCUAGCGUUCCUAUCAAGUCCAAAUUCAAGCCAUACCAAUAUUUUCUAUGGCUGCUUUCCAUUGCUUUGCUUACUGCCGGGUUUGUAGUUGCAUUCCUGAUGCUCUUUCGAGGAGAGAAUGGGAACGAUCACUGCCAUUGGUGUCACUACCUCAACUGCGUUCCCACUUCUAAGUGGGAUUGUGUAUGAAAAUACUCACGCGUUAAGGAAACUCUUUUUAAACUCUUCUCUGCCUGCUCCACCUUCAUCACAUACGGUUCCCCUGACCCUUUCCCUGGGUCUCCUUGCUGCCACGC